UUGUAUCUGGAGCAGCUGCCCUGAGUUUCUCAAAAGAGAAGAAACACACAAAAUAACCUAAAACCGUGACACGACAUCGUUCCCCGUUCUCAGAUCUGACGGAAAGAGCGAACUGAGACUGUUUGUUUGUAGAGGUGUAUCCCGGAGAAAGGAUGAGCGGGAAAGGAGGCGGAGGCGGCGGUGGCGGUGGCGGAAAUAAUGGGUUAAGGAAGGGUAAUAAUAAUACUGGACUUUCAGGUAUUCCGCCUGGGUCUCGGAAGAUGGUCCAGAGCUUGAAAGAGAUUGUUAACUGCCCUGAACCCGAGAUCUAUGCUAUGCUUAAAGAGUGUAACAUGGACCCUAACGAGGCCUUCAACCGUCUCCUCUCUCAAGAUCCUUUUAACGAGGUGAAGAGCAAACGGGAAAAGAAAAAAGAGAGCAAGGACACGGUCGAUCCAAGGCCUCGUGGUGUCAAUAACCCUGGGAGUCGUGGUGGUAGGAGUGGUUCAGACCGAUAUAUUGGGGGUGGUGGCUCAUCCCAUUACUAUUCAAAUGAGUCUGGCCCAUCACAUGGUAAACCUUCACAGAAGAGAGAAAAUGGAACUCAUGCAGUUGCAGCCUCUUCAUCCUAUGCAUCCAGUAUGCAAGGAAACAGCAAGAAUCAUCGACCUACAUCGCACAGUGAAGUUGUGGUUUCAGAACAUAAAAUGUCCACAGUAGGUUUAGGUGAUGUGAUUUCUUCUGCAUCACAGCCUACUGGAUAUCAAUCUGCCUGGGUGAGGGUUCCAGGUCAGGUAUCAAUGGCUGAUAUCGUGAAGAUGGGCAUUCCACAAAACAAGGCUUCUGCCCUGCCAAACUCUUCUCAACAAAGCACUAAUAAUAGGCAACAUGCGGUACCUCCUUCGGCCGCAUUACAUUCCAACUUACAGGAACAUGUUUCCAAGGUGUCAGAUAUUACUUAUGAGCCUGAUGUCAACAAAAACCAGCAUGUUUCUCCAAGGGAUGAAUGGCCCCCCAUUGAGAACCCAUCUGCUGCUAGUGUGACCUCUGUCAUAGAAGCACCUUCAGAAUCUGGACUUUAUGCUAAUGCAUCUAACUUGCCUUGGGGUAGAACUAAUCAACACUUAAAGUCCCAGUUGGAGGAAGCUCAUGCAGUAGAUGAUGGUCCUCUUGAAACCAUCAAUAGUGACCAUGUUAGGUCCCCUUCUAUAUCAAGUAGAAAUAUACAAGAGGAUAAUUCUAGAGGUUCAUCACUUUAUGAUAACGACUCGUAUAAGGAUAUGGAUUCCUAUCAGCCUCAAGGACAUGCCUUUGAGAAUGAUGACGUUCAAGAUGGUUCUUCAUCGGUUGCUGUAAAUUUGCUGCAACUUAAUUUAGAUAAUGAUGAUCGGGAGCCCCCAACUGAAGAGGAUAAUCCUUCUGUAAUAAUUCCAAAUCAUUUACAAGUCCACACCCAGAACUGUUCGCAUUUGAGUUUCGGAAGUUUUGGACCUGGCAUUGGUUCUGCAUUUUCUGGCCCAUUUGCAUCAAUGGCCUCAAAGAAUAAUUUGGACAAGGUUCCUGAAGCAGCAGAUGCCUCAUCUAUGACUAUCGGGCACUCAGAUAAUAGAGAUACCGAGUAUUAUGGUGACGACCAUCUCAGAAGUAACUCGGAGGGAAAUAUAAUAAAUAGAAGUAACACGAGCACUGGGAAUUAUGAGGUACCUGAAGAUUCUCGACCAGAGAUUUUGAAACAGGAUGCUUCUGAAGCUGCCCAAGGGAGCCAAUAUGCUUUUCCUCCGUCUGCACCUGGUUAUAACUAUGAAAACCCAGAGCAAUUAAACCCUGCUUUCACUCACAUGCAGACAAGCGCUCAAAUGCAAAAUCUCAAUCCUUUCUCAAGUGUAAUGCAAGGGCAUACAAACUCAUUGCCAAGCACCUUGUUGACAUCGACUUUUCAGUCUGCUAGGGAGCCAGAUCUUCCAUAUUCACCCUUCCCCGUGACUCAGUCAAUGCCAAUGAAAUACAGCAAUGCCGCCUCUUCCAUCAGUGGUCCGACCAUUACUACGACGGAGGCUCUAAGAGCAGCUAGAAUUUCUGCACCACAGCCUACUCUACAGUCCUUGCCUGGUGCCAAAGUUGCCACAGGACCUGCACUUCAGCAGCAUCUAGCCAUGCACCCUUUUUCUCAACCUACGCUUCCUUUGGGACACUUUGCCAACAUGAUUGGUUAUCCUUUCUUACCUCAGAGUUACACAUAUAUGCCAUCAGCUUUCCAGCAAACAUUUGCUGGUAAUAGUAACUACCCUCAGUCCCUGGCAGCAAUGCUUCCCCAGUUCAAGAACAGUGUUUCUGUUAGCAGCUUGCCUCAACCUGCUGCAGUCCCACCUGGAUAUGGGUUUGGGAGUUCUACCAACAUCCCUGGGGUACACUCUCUCAAUCCUCCUACUGCACCUGCAGGCACAAUCAUUGGCUAUGAUGAUGUUCUUAGUUCUCAGUAUAAGGACAACAAUCAUUUGAUGUCACUUCAGCAGAAUGAGAAUUCGGCCAUGUGGAUUCAUGGACCUGGCUCACGAACGUUGUCUGCUGUUCCUGCAAGCACAUAUUACAGCAUCCAGGGGCAGAACCAGCAGGCAGAUGGGUUUCGACAAGGGCAACAACCACCUUCACAGCAUUUUGGGUCUCUCGGAUACCCAAGUUUCUACCAAUCACAAACAGGAGUAUCGCUGGACCAUCAACAAAAUUCUAGGAACGGGUCCCUGAGUGGGUCUCAAGGCCAGCCACCAUCAAAGCAGACCCAACAGCUAUGGCCAAACAAUUACUAAUCUCGUCACCUCCUGGCUUUUCAGGAUCUUGUAGUGAGUAUAAAAGUGGUCAAUCGAAGGCCCUUCUAACGAUUGAGAAUAACUAUAUGUACGAGUAUGAAUAUGUAUUAUCGUCGAUGAAGGGUCUGAAGUGACCUUGACUGGCUACUGCCCUGCGAUACGAGGUUGUAUUCCACUUUACUUUUAGUUCAUUGUUC